AUGUCGUCCAAAGGAGCUUUGGCAAAGCGCCCAUUGGAAGAAAGCGACGUGCCUCCGGCUAAGCGUCCACGCGGCCGUCCUAGGAAGGAAACAGACGCACACACCGCAAUGCCGAAGUCUUCCCAAGAACCGAAACGGGGCCGAGGAAGGCCCAGAAAAGACGAGGCUACACCACCGGCGGUGUCGAAAAACUCUGAUACAGCGAAGCGUGGCCGGGGUCGACCCAAGGGCUCAACGUCUGCUGCCAAGAGCCCCGAGACCUCAGGACGUGGAAGAGGACGACCGAAAAAAGAUAGGACCGAAACCACUGCUACACGAAAACAAUCUACACCCAAUCUGAGUACAGCCAAACUCAAGGACAGCGCCGUCCCGAAUGUAUCUACACCAACUCCUGGAACCCCUGGCCGGGGCAGGGGCCGACCAAAGAAGGGAUUGACCACAGCUACGAAUUCGAACCCAACCGGACGCGCAAGAGGUCGUCCAAGGAAAGACGCCGUCUCCAAAUCAUCUGCACCUGCUGCCGGUACGCCUGGCCGAGGCCGAGGACGACCAAGAAAGGAUGAUACUACAGCAGCAAGCUCGAAAACAAUCGAACGCGCAAGAGGUCGUCCGAAGAAAGAGGCAAUUUCGGCCACACCGGCAAAGAGAGGCCGCCCGAAGAAAGACACGGGCGCAGCAAAAGCCACAGCGGGUACUCCUAAAUCCAGUCGAGGUAGGGGUCGUCCGAAGAAAGCGUCAGCACCACCGGUCACACCCGCUCACCUUGUCAUCACUUCCGAUGUCGAGGAGGAAGAAGAAGACGUGGCAGUAUCAGACGAUUUGAGCGAGGCACCUAUCGAUCCCCGCGGCCAGGCAACCCAUCAACUUGAGCUGUGA